GAGAGAGAGAGAGGAAGAAAGAAAGAAAAGGAAAGAAAGGAAAAGCUUCUGGGUAGUGGUGCCACACACCCAGCACUUUAAUCCCAGCACUCGAGAGGCAAAAUCAGGUAGUUCUCUGAAGCCAGCCUGGUCUACAAAAUUACACAGAGAAACCUUGUCUCGAAAAACAAACAAACAAAAAAAUUUAAAAAAAAGCCAUGUCCAUUUAGUCUGGUUCCAGGUUUGAUACAAGUGUGUAAUCCCAAUGCUUGGGGAGCUAUCAAGAAACAAGGGUAGGCUGGGUGGUUCGUGGCACAUACCUCUACUCCCAGCACUUGGGAGGCAGGGGCAUCUCAGUGAGUUUGAGGCCAACCUGGUUACAAAAUGAGUUCCAGUACAGCCAGGAAUGUUACACAAAGAAACUUUAAAAAAAAAAAAAAAAGUUAUCCUGGGCUAUCGUUAGGAAUGUGGGAUGAAAGGAACAAGGACUUUGAGGGUCCUGAACAGAGGGUUAGGGUAAGUGAAUUCUGGAUCUUAGGUCUCAACAAACGGUGAAUAGAGGGUAGAGGAAGGGGCAAUCUGAAGUAGUAGCUCAGGCUGACCUCAAUCUAGUUGAAGUUGCCCUUGAACACCUUCCAAAUUCCAAAUUCUAGGAUUACAAGUGAACCCCACCCAAUUACUUGUGGUUUAUGGAAAUCCUCCUAAACCCUUAGCUACUUAACACCGAGGAUGAGGGUUCUAAGAUGCUCUGAAUGAUGGUCGAAUCUGUAUGCCAGCUUUGCAGGGGAGCUAAGCCACAAAACUGAAUCUGGUAAAGCCUGGAAGCAGUGACUGGAGAUGUUAAAGCCUCACUGCUUUGCAGGGGGACUAAGUUCCGUUACCAGCUUUAUCUGAGACGGUGUUUGUGUGUAGCGGUGGCUGUCCUGGAAUGUUCUGCCUCGGCCUCCCUAGUGCUGGGAUCAAAGGCGUGUGCCACACUGCCACACUCUAGGUCAGGCGUACGUACCUACACUCAUACAUGUGAAAUGUUAAAACAUGUAUGUAAAGUGAGCGCAGAGGACUGGGCAUAUAGUACAGUUUGGUAAGAGUGCUUGUCUAGUACGUAUAUGCAGGAAGCCUAGGGUUAAACCCCAGCACCACAGUAAAAUGGGCGUGGUGGGGAACCUGAAAUGUAGAACAGUAGGGUUCGUGUCUCAGGGCAGUCCUUGACAUACGUAACAAUGCUCAGUGAAGUCCCCGUCAAGUGCUCUCUUCGCCAGAAAGCAUCAAGAGGCCGUGAUGGUUGGGAUGUCUCAAUUUUGUGGGUGUCCUCUGCGACUCGAAAAGAGCUUUAUUUUGGAUGGGGUGGCUGUGAGCACAAUGGCCCGGGCCUACAGCAUCUCGAGGCCCAAGGUGUGGUCUGCGAUUCCACCUUACAAUCCGCAACAGGACUGCCAUGCUCGUAGGUACUUCCGCAGCUACGUGGUUCCGCCCAUUUUGCGGAAAACUGAUCAGGAUCAUGGCGGUACAGGAAGGGAUGGCUGGAUAGUGGAUUAUUUCCACAUUUUUGGUCAAGGACAGAGAUAUCUGAACAGGAGAAAUUGGGCAGGGGCAGGGCAUUCCAUCCAGCAGGUGGGUGGACAUGACUACUACAAUUCCAAUCCGAAGGCAAUAACUACAGGCUUAAACGGUCGAUUUGGCUACCGCCGGAACACUCCAGCCCUCCGCCAGCGCACAUCAGUGUUUGGGGAAGUCACCCCAUUCCCCAUUUUCUGAAGACAUUGCUUCACGGGCCUUGAUAUGAAUCUCCAAGACUCACGUUUAGAUGACCUGUCAAUACUAUUCUAUAUUUUUAAAAGUUA